AUGCAGACGCCGGGGCGAGCCGGGAGGAUGGAGGCCGGGGAGGCAGCGCCGCGGGCGGGGAUGGGCGGCCGCGCGCCGGGCGGCUGGGGCAAGUGGGUGCGGCUCAACGUGGGGGGCACGGUGUUCCUGACCACCCGGCAGACGUUGUGCCGGGAGCAGAAGUCCUUCCUCAGCCGCUUGUGCCAGGGGGAAGAGCUGCAGUCGGACCGGGAUGAGACUGGGGCCUACCUCAUUGACCGUGACCCCACCUACUUUGGGCCCAUCCUGAACUUUCUCCGGCAUGGCAAGCUGGUGCUGGACAAGGACAUGGCUGAGGAGGGUGUCCUCGAGGAAGCCGAGUUCUACAACAUUGGCCCGCUGAUCCGCAUCAUCAAAGACCGGAUGGAGGAGAAGGACUACCCGGUCACACAGGUCCCCCCCAAGCACGUGUACCGCGUGCUGCAGUGCCAGGAGGAGGAGCUCACGCAGAUGGUCUCCACCAUGUCCGACGGCUGGCGCUUCGAGCAGCUGGUGAACAUGAGCUCCUCCUACAGCUAUGGAAGCGAGGACCAGGCAGAGUUCCUGUGCGUGGUGUCCAAGGAGCUCUAUAGCUCCCCGCACGGGCUGAGCUCGGAGUCCAGCCGCAAAACCAAGAGCGCCGAGCAGCAGCUGGAGGAGGAGCGGCGGCAGGUGGAGCAGGUGCAGGUGGAGGCAGAUGCACAGGAGAAAGCCCUGUCAUCUCAGGAGCCCGCUAACCUUUUCUCCCUCCCACCACCGCCUCCUCCUCCUCCGCUUCCCGCCGGAGGCCCUGCCUCAUCUCCCGCACCCCUCAGAGCCGAGGCCGCGCUGGCCGUGAGGGCUCCUCCUCGGCCCCUCGCCCGCCCCCCAGAGCCGCCAUCCCUGCUGUUACAAGCCAGAGGCACCCGGAUGUGAGGCCCCAGAUCACCUCCAGGGACUUGGGGUUCCGAACUGAAAUCCUUUAUUUUUGUACCUCGGGGUGGGCCCCUGGCUCCAGGCAGAGGAAGCACCCUCCCCCCUGCCACUUCUGUCUACACCUGUGGGGCUUUGAUUUCCCCCCGCCUCUGGGCCUCUCUCAAGGCCCGAGGUGGGCCCUGGGACCCCUGGGCAGAGCCGCCUGUGUGUGGCCCCAGUGUGGCGCUGUCCAGCUGUGUUUCCCACACCCCCAUGGUCCCUCCCCCAGGUCCCCCAGCUGCAUGAACCAUACCCUCCCCCCUGACCCAGUCACAUCUCCUCCCUGAGCCUUAGUCUCCUCGUCUGUCAAAUGGGCUCACUCUCCCCGCCGCCACCACCUACCUCACAGGGUUGUUGUGAGGUUACAAAGAGGAGCAAGGUCCCAGAAAGCCCUGGGGAAGCGUACAAAGCACCAGACUGGAGGGUGGCCCUCCCUUCACCCUUCCCUCAGAGGGGGAGGACCUGCUCAGCCCCAGAUGGAGAUUCAGGUAUUGAUGGGGCGAAGGGUGUGGGGGUUGGCCUUGUGGGGAGAAGAGGGAGGGUGACCCAGCCUUCACCUUGGCUCCUCCCACCCAUCCGCACUGCUGGCUGCAGAGGGCCCUGGCCAG